UCAGUACACUAUGGAGAGAUGCUCAAGACAUCGAACAAACACGUGGUCUGACGAAAACGAGACAUUUCAAAAGCAACAACUCCUUGAAACUAUAAUUAGGCCUACACAUUAGAGACAUUGGCCUCGUCUACAUUAGGUCACCAAAAUGCAUGCAUAGAACAGUCCCUCGUUUGGAGUUUCUCCUCUUUUUCUUGGGCCAUCGUUUUAGAGGCCCAGAACCACAACAUUUCGAUGAUGACCUUUGCCAUGCUGCGGCCAAUGGCGACUCAUAUGAUCAGCUACCCAGACCUGGGUAUGAUGUCCGAGGCCGAGGAUAACCGCAGUGAGAGCGACGGUAGCUCGGAUCAGAGCUAUGGAUGCUGCGUCUCCGCUGACAAACGUCGGAGGAUUUCCAGAAAAUCGGGAGGCAGCGGUGUUGUAAUAGUGAAACAGCGGAACGCAGCCAAUGCCAGGGAGCGCGACCGUACACAAAGCGUCAACUCGGCAUUUACUGCACUCCGGACUCUUAUACCCACUGAGCCGGUGGACAGAAAGCUCUCCAAGAUUGAGACGCUUCACUUGGCAUCCAGCUAUAUCUCCCACCUCGCCAACACCCUGCUGCUCGGAGACGGGAAUGGAGAUGGACAACCUUGUCUUGGCGCGGUUUACGUGCAAGGAGAAAGCGUUCGAAAGCAGCCUCGCACCAUCUGUACCUUCUGUUUGAGCAACCAAAGAAAGCGGAUUAAUGAUGGCAAAGAGAUGCGGGGUAUUGGUUCACUGAGGAUGAGCCGCAGAUAGAAGACCAGACAAUAAACCACAGCAACCAGAACCACAACUCCCCAUUCACAACUCAGGGAAUACUGAAAGCCGGUCAUAACAGAACCAUAUUCAUCAUCCUGGAGAAUAUGUUACCAGAGACUAUUUAUACUUGAGGGAAAGGCAAUGGAACAAAACAAGGCCUAAUAUGUGAAGCCUUUAAAAAAUGCAGUGCAUUUAUUGAUAGAGAAUUUAUAGAUUUUUAUAUCUGUGUGAUAUUUGUGCUGUACAUGUAUUACAUUUUGAAAUAAAAUAUAUUUUUUAUCUAAAUUAAAUUUUAUUUCCUUUGAACCUCAUGUAUGUCGAUUUCUUCUCUAUCGUUACAGUUUUGUCUAUUUUCAAUCAAAAGUUAAUUAAAAGACACUCAAUCAGAUGCCAUACCAAAUCAGUUGAUUCCUUGUCUAGGUCAUUGCCAGCCACAGAAAGAAAGGAUUAGAAAUUAGAGAGAGAUUGGAGGAUUUUUCAGUG